GUGUCACAGAGAGAACAGCUACCAAUGACUAACUGACUGUCCAAACUUAGUAAUAUGUACACAUGAGAGCAAGAAAGAGGUAAUUCUUGUUUUUUCACAUGUAUCUUCAUUGGAUUUGCUUUGAGGUUAUAUGAUUUUGCAACGUGUUUCUCAUUUCAGUCAAUGUACUUUUUCUUUUGAAUUACAUGAUCAUUGCAACAUUUCUUACUAUAAAAAGGUGAUAUGAGGCUAAGUCAAAGAGAGGAAAGGGAGUGGCUGAGUUAUAGGCUAAGGUAAACUGCAGAGGUGUGAAAUAGAAGUGAAGAGGAAAAUAUAGGGGAUUGUCAUAUAUGGUUGAAGAAGCAUUCGGAGGACAGGUGCUUUGGAAGUCAACUUAGAUCUGCUUCUGGAUCCAAACCUAAAUUACAUUUCUCAAGACAGCAGGAAGGUGACGGAACACUAUACUGUCAUCUGCUGCACUCAGUCUAUGGGAAUCAUGGCAAGUUACUUGUACUACCUGCUCCCAGCAGUAGGGGGCUAUGCUCUCACGUCACUCUACUUUCUGGCGAACCCUCAUAUUCUUCAUAAGAAAAAGAAGACGGCUUUCUACAGUACCCACAUUUCUCAUAGAGGAGGCUGUGGUGAAAGGAUUGAGAACACUAUGGAGGCCUUUACACAUGCUGUUGACAUGGGCACCGAGAUGCUGGAGCUGGACUGUCACUUGACGAAAGAUGGUCAUGUGGUGGUGUCACAUGAUGAAGAACUCCUGAGGCAGACUGGGCACGACGUUUCCAUCUCCUCCUUAAACCUGGAGGACUUGCCACUUUAUAAAGAGACACUCGAGGUUACCUUCAGGACAGGUCACUACAGCACUGGGUCAGAGAGAAACAUUGCUUUAUUAGAGGAUGUGUUCCGCAGAUUUCCUCACAUGCCUGUGAACAUUGAAGUGAAAGAGGAUAACUGUGCACUAAUUGGGAAGAUUUCUGAUCUUGUGAAGAAAUACAACAGAGAAGGCCUCUCAGUUUGGGCGUCUAUGGAAUCCACCAUCAUAGCCCACUGUCGCAAAGUGAACCCCUCCAUGCCCUAUGUGUUCACUCUAAAGCGAGGUUUACUGCUGCUAUUCUUGUAUUUUACCGGCCUUCUACCAUUUGUCCCACUGGGAGAAAGUUUUGUGCAGUUCUACUUGCCACAAAUCAUUAACAGAACAUUCACACCAGACAUGUGGAUUCUGAAAAACAGUUUUGUGGUCUUCUUAAUUGACAGACUGACUAUGCGAAAAGGGAUGUUCAAGCACCUUAGAGAAAGAGGAAUUCAGAUUCAUCUCUUUGUGUGUAAUGAAGAACAGGAUAUUGAGGCUGCAUUUUCUCUGGGAGCAACAGGAGUCAUGAGCGACUAUCCCUCCCUGUUGUCAAACUAUAUUAAAACGCGAAAAUAAGCCACGUGAUGAAAGUACAACAGCAUACAGAGCAUAUACUCCACCCUUUUAGUCAAACACUCAAAUACUGUUUGCCUUUAAACAUGAGGUCGUUUCUUACUUACAAUGCCUACAAUACUUAGCGAUAAAUCAAACCAUGGUCUACUAACACAAGAUUUACUGCAUUCCUCAUACAGUAUGAGAGUUAUAUAUAAGUGGGAACACAUGAAAAAUAAAUAGACAAUAUAAAAAACG